UUCAUUAAGUUACAGUCCUAAUUAGUACUUUCAGGUAGGUAUAUGCUUCAUUAAGUUACAGUCCUAAUUAGUACUUUCAGGUAGGUAUAUGCUUCAUUAAGUUACAGUCCUAAUUAGUACUUUCAGGUAGGUAUAUGCUUCAUUAAGUUACAGUCCUAAUUAGUACUUUCAGGUAGGUAUAUGCUUCAUUAAGUUACAGUCCUAAUUAGUACUUUCAGGUAGGUAUAUGCUUCAUUAAGUUACAGUCCUAAUUAGUACUUUCAAGUAGGCAUACACUUCAUCAAGUUACAGUCCUAAUUAGUACCUUCAAGUAGGCAUACACUAUCUAGUUACAGUCCUAAUUAGUACCUUCCAGUAGGCAUACACUAUAUCAAGUUACAGUCCUAAUUAGAACUUUCAACGAGGUACACACAAUAUCUAGUUACAGUCCUAAUUAGUACCUUUCGGUAGGCAUACACUAUAUCAAGUUACAGUCCUAAUUAGAACUUUAAUGAAGGUACACACUUCAUCAAGUUACUGUCCUAAUUAGAACUUUCAAGUAGGCAUUUACUUCAUCAAGAUACAGUCCUAAUUAGAACUUUAAUGAAGGUACACACUUAAUUCAUCAAGAUACAGUCCUAAGUACCUUAUAAAUAUUUGUAUUUUAACAACCAUGAAUCAGAAUUAGCAUUCAUGUUCCAUCUAUUUCUUCAUUUUCAAACUGAAUGAUCCCAACAAUGCCUGGUUGUUUACUUUACCAGUUAAGAACAACAAUUUUCAUUUUUUCAUUCAAUUCAAAAUUAGGCCCACAAUUUCCUUAAGCCCAAAGCAAUUUCAUAAUAUAUAAUAAUUUCAUAAAUAAUGACUAGUAAUCUCUUCAUUACAGGGAGGGAAAUAGGGAUGUAUCAAAUAUAGGAGGGAAUUUUGCACUGCCAAGUAUUCUCAAGGCCAUCUUGGGUCUUAAAGCAUAAUUAGCGUAGCAACGAAGAAUGACAAGAGAAAUAACAGGACUAAAGGCAUAUUGAAAUCUAAUUUACAACAUUUAGAUAAACAAACUAUAUAAAAAUUGGGUUUGGUUUUUUAAGGAUCGCAAAUGGAAGACAACUUUCUAGCUCCUCCACAAUAUGAUAAAAUUUAAAAACAAAUAUACUGGGUAUAAGGUAAUAGGUAAAUAAUUAUACCUUGGCCUCUUUAAUUUCCAGGUUGCAGUGCACCAUUUGCAUUCCAUGUGUAACGAUUUAAUUUAAAAAGACACUUACAAAAAAAAUCCCCAACUUGUUAUCAGACAAACAGAAUGUUACUGCUAGAAAAAAGAAGUAUUCUGUUUCUCCUUCUUAUUUCUCAGUGCUGGGGGGAGAUGGAAAAGAAAAGAUCCUACACUUUUGGACCAAGAGAAGUCAGCCAGGAGUUCUGGAAAACCAGAAGUGUUGUCGGUACACAAAGAUUCAGGUCUCCAGUUGAGUGUGCAUCUUCUCUUCGCCUGGGAUCACUGUACAAUUCUUUCCUUUACAGGGAGGAUGGACUAUGUGAGAUGGCCUAUGCUGAUAAUCUGACACCAAGUUCACCAUCUCCAGUGAAAGUGAAACAUCGAGUCCUAAUAAAGGAAGGUGACAAAGAACUUAGUGACAUCUGCCCAACAACUCAUCCAUAUCCAUUCCUGGAAGGAAGGAAAUGUUGUCAGAAAAAUCUGGAAAACCCAUUUGUUGGUGUUACAACAGGGACUAGAGGACUACUGACCAUCAAUAGUACUUCAUGCAGUUACCCAUCAGUUGAGUGUGAAGUAGGGUAUAAAUGCUCUUUGAAUAGUAUAAUUGGAAAUCCAAUGCAUAUGAAUGUUGACCUGCAGCCUGGUAGCAAUUGGUAUGUUACAACAGUAUCAAAUGAAGAUGAGUGUCAACAGCUCUGUGAGAAAGAGACCAAGUGUAAGGGUUGGGUGUGGAGUGGUUAUUGUUACAUGUUUCAAAAUGGAGUUACAAUAAAAGAAGUGAAGGAAAGCCUUUUGGGAGGUUUCAAGUCAAGCUACAUCAAUAUGCUAUUUGAUUAAAAAUCUGAACACAAACUCACUAACAUAACACUAUGUUAUUAUGUUAAAAUAAUAAUAAAA